AUGGCUAGAAAUCGUUUCUUGGUGCAUUUCUUUGCCGUACUGCAUCUGGUGAUCGAUAAGUUGUUAUGUAUGUGCCUCAAGUGGUACUGGGGACCAAGCAAACAACGCUGUCCAACAUUGCAGCGCAAGCAGAUGAUCGUUACGUACAGUGCGGUCGAGCUGGCCCGGAUGAUCCGUACCCGCGAGGUGUCCUGCUACGACGUGAUCAGUGCCUUUAUCGAUCGGUUGAACGAGGUCAACCCGCUCGUGAACGCGGUGCUUGAUGGGCCGUUCAUCGACGCCCUCGAUGAGGCACGCCGCAUCGACGAACGGUUGCAGCAGGGUGCGAUCGGUGAGGCUGAGCUCGCGUCGAAACCGUUCCUCGGUGUACCGUUCACUACGAAAGACAGUACGGCGGUCAAGGACCGGUUGCACACGCUAGGUAUCCUCGCGCGGCGCACUGUGAAAGCGAACAACGAUGCCGAGUGCGUACGGUUGUUGAAGGAGGCCGGUGCAAUUAUCAUCGCGACCACGAGCAUACCGGAAAUCAACCGAUGGCAGGAGACGCGUAACAAUAUUAUCGGUCAGACGAACAAUCCGCACGAUAAUCGACGCACGGUCGGUGGAUCUAGCGGUGGUGAGGGAGCGCUUCUAGCGGCUUGUGGAACACCGAUCGGAUUGGGAACCGAUAUUGGAGGUUCGAUCCGAAUGCCUGCCUUCUACUGUGGUGUGUUUGGCCACAAGCCGACGACGGGCAUAAUAAACACGCGCGGCUGUUCUCUGCGUACGGGCCGUGAACCUUCCACGAUGGUUGUGGCCGGACCGAUGACACGCUAUGCCACUGAUUUGCUGCCUCUAAUGAAAGUGCUCGUAGGGCCGGAAAAGUCAGCCAACCUUCGAUUCGACGAACCGACGGAUGUUCGUAAGCUGCGUUACUUUUACAUUCCCGAAUCUGGGGACAUUAAGUGCAGCGCUGUGCAGCCCCAGCUUCAAAAAGCAAUGGAGCGAGUGGUUGAACACUUUUCACAAAUAGCCCCGGGUGGAGUGCAGAAGAUUACACUUAGCGGAUCGGAUAGAACCACCAACAUGUGGCGCUACUGGAUGACGCAGGAGCCGGCCAAUUUUGGUACGCUGUUGGGCAACGGAAAGCCGCUCAGUCCGUUGGUGGAGCUAGCAAAAAAGCUUACCGGCCGUAGCGAGUAUACGAUGGCGUCGAUCUACUCGCUAAUGGACACGCUGUUGCCACAGGAAAAGGAAGAUGUUAUCAAGGAGCUGACUCGAUGCUGUGAUCAAGAACUGACCGAACUGCUCGGAGAUGACGGGGUGCUGUUUUAUCACAGCACCACCCAUACGGCACCGUACCAUUAUUCGGCGUUCGUGAACGUGUACAACUUCAGCUAUUGGUGCUUGUUCAAUGUACUGCACGUGCCGGCCACCCAGGUCCCGCUCGGACUGGAUGGAGAUGGUUUACCGCUUGGCAUACAGAUUGUGGCCAGUCGUAACCGUGAUCGUCACUGUUUAGCGGUGGCCGAAGAAAUCGAACGUGUGUUUAAUGGACGGAUCCCUCCCUUCAUUGUAGAUUAG